AAAUAAAUUGUAUAAACUUCGGGGAUUUACUGUGCGUCACCUGGAUUUAUUUCACAAGCUUAAAUUUAUACUCGCACCGUUUACAAAAAAAUUGUUGAAAUUUUGCCAGGACAUUUUUUCAUGUUUCAGCGUUCAUUGCAAAAGAAAAGGCGGCUAAAGUACAGUGAAAAUGUGAUGAGAAGUUGACUGACCAAAAAUUCCUCACUAACAGUGUUUUGGAAGUGGAAGAAUGGUACAAACUAUGGAAUCCCCUCCAUUUGAUCUUCAGGCAUACCAGCCUCCAAUAUCACUAUGGAAACUGGUGAAACAGUAUGUACCAGAUCAUGAGAGGGAGGAAAUCAAGAGCAUGCUGGGAGAAUCUCUCAUAGAUCAGAGCAUGGAGCUCCAUGAAGAGAUUGACACCUUGCUGGAGAUUUGGAGGGACUAUAGGGAGGAGACGGAACAUGCUAAACCUAUGUCUAAACUUCCUGAGCCCCCUGGUCUGAGGGACAGAUUAAUUCAAGAAAUACAGUUCUUUGUAGAUAGUGUGAAGGAAAAAGCUAAAUAUCAAGGGGUAAAUGCUGAUAAGAUAUUAUCGAGACACAAUACUGAUAUCCUUGAUUAUGCAUUGGACACUUACAGACCUGAUAGCGCCCGCCCUUCCUCCAGACUGACUGCACGAGGGAACGAUGGUAGAGAAACUCCGAUGAUUUGUAGUCCAACAUGUAGCGACAGGACAUCCGAAGCGUCUAUUCUGAGUGAAGAGGUAGAAGCUAUGAAUGAAAAACUCAACAUUCUCAAGUUUGAUGAGGUAGUGGCACACUUAAGGAGCACUAUGGAGGAAGAAAUUGAGACGUUAUUACGGGAUAUUAAUUUCCUGCAAAGUUGUCUAGAUGAUGAAGCCACGUUUAGAGCUGAAUCGACUGGUACUCUAUCAAGGGAGCCUACUCUUUCAGAAUUGAAGGAAGAACGGAGUACCCUGGAGAAAGAUUUAUUGUCCAAUAUGACAUCUCAGUCUUCACCACCACUACUGAAACCUGCAUUUACUCCGGCAUCUAUGAUCAAGAAACUUGGUUCAGGUGUCACUCCUAGUAGUAAACUGAAAACUCCAUCAAGUCAAUCAACAGGGCUUUCAGUGCCAGUGAAAUCUGGACCAAUGAAAGCUUUUGUUUCUCCAGAACCUCCAAAAUUUGGACCAAUCAGAACAGACUCUGCAGGCAAGCCUAAAACUUUGCCUCAGCAGGGAAUUCAAAAUCAUCGUCAUCUGCAUCAAAUUAAUGACAGACUAAAAUCACCAGAAACAACAAAUGAAAGUUCAGUUAACACUAGACGAUCAGGAAGUGGAAGUGCUAGCUCAAGUUUACGGCAAUAUCGUGCAAGUUCAGGCAUCACAAAACAUAAUGAGCAUAUUAGUGGAGAUAACAAUAGAAAAGUGUCUAACACUGAACAGAGUCAUUCAAAGCCCAAGCUGGAGGCUGUUGUAACAUUAUCAAAAGGAAAGACAGGUGAUGCCACUGAUGUUCAUGUUAUACCUUCCCCUCCACCCUCAGCAAAACCCACAACACCGAGACCUGGGUCAGCACAGAGGUUUAGAAAAAUGGUGCUAGAAUGCAGAGAUUCUAGUGCUGACACUGCAGAUGAUGACGACAAAAACCCAUUGGUGGAAAUCGACCAGUCCGUAGUUAGUGAUGAGGCAGUUAAACCACUUCCAGUUUGGAGGAAAAUAUGUUUCGCCGUAGGUGGCGCUCCUUACCAGACGACUAAUACAGUCAUCAAUUUCUUUAUAUCGAUAUUUCUUCUGGAAGUUGCAAAGAUACCACCAGAGUAUGCAUCUGUUAUUCUGUUUGCUGGCAAGGCUUGGGACGCCAUCACAGACCCAACGUGCGGAUAUCUCGUGCACAAAACUGAUUCCAGAUUUGGAAAGUUUAGACCAUGGAUAUUACUGUCAGCACCAUUUGCAUGCGGGGCAUACUUUUGCCUGUGGUAUGUGCCAGAUAUUUCAGAUGCUGGAAAAUUCGUUUGGUAUUUCUGUUUCUACUGCGGGUUUCAGAUGUUAUUGUCGGGUCUACACGUACCAUAUACUUCUAUGACAAUGACGGUCACUAAUUCACAAAAAGACAGGGAUUCCGUCACAGCUUACAGAAUGGUGUCUGAGGCGUUUGGUGUGUUGCUAGCAGUUGUUGUUGAAGGACAAUUGGUCGGUAAAUAUAGAAAGACUGGAGACUGUGCCGACAAUGGAGAAGUCUCCGACGACCAAAUUGAAAACGAGAAAGGCGCCUAUAUUUUGGGGGCGGUAAUUGUUGUGAGUGCCUACAUGAUUUGUGCAUUUACAGUUUUCUUCGGAUCGAAAGAAAAACAUGGAUUCACAACUGUCGACUCUGUUGGAUUUUUCUCUGGAGCCAAGCAAGUUCUGACGUUCCGACCAUAUGUGUUGCUGAGUACUUCAUUCUUGUUUUUGUCACUCGCCAUCGCGAUUGUACAAGGAAACCUGGCUUUAUUUUGCACACAUACUUUGAAAAUGGGGGACGACUUCUCAUAUUUUAUAUUAGUUUUACUGGUGUCAACAAUAUUAGCCAUGCCAUUUUGGCAAAAAUGUAUAGUCAAGUUCGGCAAAAAGUCAACAUUUGCUACCGGGAUGAUCGUUUUUGUGCCAGUGUUGAUUGUUCAGCUGUAUAUACCAGAAGGAGAAGUGUAUGUUUAUUAUCCAGUAGUUGUUGUUGCUGGCCUUGGCAUAUCAGUAGCCUUACUUUUACCGUGGUCGAUGUUACCAGAUGUCAUAGACGAAUUUGUUCUGAAAUAUGGGACAAGGAAGGAAUCUAUCUUCUAUUCAUUUUAUGUGUUCUUUAGUAAACUUGCAGUGGGAGUAGGUCUUGGUGUAUCUCAAGCGGUUUUAGCAUUUGGUGGCUACGAGACUGGGGAAUGUAAUCAACCGGCAUCCGUGGCAUUAGCUUUGCAGAUGUUGGUGGUACCCGGUCCUGUUAUAUUUACUCUCAUAGCGCUGGUAGCACUGUGGGCUUACCCAAUAAAUGAAACUCGGAGAAAGGAACUUAAACAAGCCAUACAUGACAAACUUAGGAAAAGAGAAGAAAAUUCGGACAUACACACGGGCAAAAAUCGAGCAAAUCUUCCAAGUUACUUAACUGACAGAGAUAUUCCAGUCAGUGUUAGUUACAAAAGUAUUACAGAAAGUUCUGGUGUAUAACAUAAAAAGCUGGAUAUAACUUAAAUUUACAGUGCUGCUGGUAUGUGAUCAUGAAAAUGUUUUCACAGCGAUCCGCCGGAUGUAUGUGGACACCUACUAAUCACAUUAUCUGUUCUGUUCUGUUCUGUUCUGUUCUGAUAUUUUCGAAGAGACCGCAACUUUUUUCAUUCAGUAAUGGAUGUAGAUUUCUAUUUGUGAUCGUAGAUUCAUUGUAACCUUGGUAUACAAAGUGAUUUGAAAAAAAAAAAAAUGUUAGACUUGCUCCACUUUAUUGGGGACUCGUAAAAUAACUUCAUACUAUUUCUUAUAAACAUCCAUGUCAUGUUUUCUUUGAUAUCACUAGAUCACGUGCUGCUGGUGAAUUUUCAUUUUUAACUUAAAUUUUCUAAAACAAAAAUAAUUAUGUUUUAUGAAAACAAAAAAAAAUCGCAAUAAUCAAUAAUAUGGAUGUGUGUACGUGAAAAGUUAUGUCACAAUAUUUAACUAUUUCUUAAGUUCAAUGCCAGGAUGCAGGUUUUCUGUGAUAUGCCAAUACUGUAGGACGCAAAUUAAUUUUUCAGUUUUUAAUUUUUGAGUGGCUGGCAUGACCUCCAUUUAUCAUCUUGUAGGAUACGGCUUCGAUCUUUCAAUGCUUAGCAAACUUGGUCAAAAUAUACAUGUAUUCCUUCUUACUUGAGGAAAGGUCAAACUCUUUUCAUGCUAGUCGCCACCUUGUCCGUCCGUCUGUCACACUUUGUUCGGGUGAUAACUCAAAAAGUAUUGAAGAUACCAAGUUGUAACUUUAUGCAAUAAUAGAGCUCAUUGAGAGGAAGCUAAGUGCAGUGACAGGAACUCUAUGUGGUUCCAUUCUUUAUUAUUUCCCUUUUUUGAAAGCCUUGUUCGGGACAUAACUCGAAUACUAUGCAAGAUAUUGACUUGGUACUUUACACAUUGAUAGAGGUCAGUAAGAGGAAGUAUAGUGACAAAGAACCACAAUUCUAGGUGGUCCCAUUUUUGAAUUUUCUCCCUUUUUUGAAAACCUUGUCCAGGGCAUAACCUGAAUAUUAUGUAAUGUAUCGACUUGAUACUUAAUAUGUUAAUCAUGGUCAGUGAGAGGAGUUCUGUGACAAGGAACCAUAACUCUAGGUGGUCCCGUUUUUGAAUUAUCUCCCUUUCUUGAAAACCUUGUCCGGGCCAUGACUUACUAUUGAGGUAUUGGCUUGAUACUUUACAUGUUGGUAGAGGUCAGUGAAAGGGAGUGCAGUGACAAAAAACAUAACUCUAUAGGUGGUCCCACUUUUUAGUUAUCUCCCUUUUUGAAAGCAUAACUCGAAUACUGUGUAAGGUAUUGACUUGAUACUUUACAUAUUCAAAGAUGCGGUAUCAAAGAACCACAACUCUUGCUGAUCCCAUCUUUGAAUUAUCUCACUUUUUGUUAAGAGCAUGACUCUUAUCCUGACUACACUUUCAAAUUGAUGGAUUUUAUUCACGGUACAAAUCAAAUUUCUUUUUCGAUAGUGUAUAUAUUUGCUUUAAAUUUACUUGAGACAUUUAUAUAUUACAUUAUACCCACUUUUAUCUCGAUUACCAAAUGUACUGCUUUAUUUUGCAAUAAAUAAAU